UCUCUCUGUUUCUGUCUGCGGCGCUGUUGUUGGAUGUUCUCUAACCCUGUUCUCUAACGCUCCUUCCCCAUUCUGGCUCCUUGUCGCUCUGUGUGUGUUGAUCGGGAAUCGGGUGCCGAGCCGAAUCGGGAUAAACCUUUAGCCAGGUUCACUCAGCACCGAGGGAAACAUUUUCUGCCCCAUCGUCAUGGGCACUUACGGUCCGGCUAACGAGAAACUCCGAAACCUGGAGGAGAUCGAGAAGGAGAUUGCCAUUAUCCUCCAGAGCGCAGCCAGUGCCAUCUUGGAAAUGUCCAAGGAGAAGCCAGCAGAACGCACCCUGGACCGCCAUGCCCUGCAAUUUACCGCCUCCGUCCAACGUGUGGAGAUGGAGCUCUCGAGCCAGAUCCGCUACCUCACCCAGGUCGCUACGGGGCAGCCGCACGAAGGCUCGAGCUAUUCCUCCAGGAAGGAUGCGCAGAUGGCGGUGAACCGAGUGGAGUACACCCACGUGAAAGUCAGAGACCUGGCCAAGACCUGCGACCAGAUGCUGGAGCAGCCCUGAACCGUGGUGGGAGGAGCCAACGGGCGCUCGGGGCUGUCGUCUGGUGUUCAAACCACCCCCCCCCCUUUCCCUUUCCCCCCCCACCCUCCCCCCUCCCCGAGCCCGUUGGGCUGGAGGAAGGGUCGCCCUUUGUCAUUCCGUGCGACAUGGUCUCUGUGCUCCCCUCCGUUGUGACCUCUUGUCCCGUGAUUGUCGCUUUGGCCUGUCAGAUAACUUUCAGCAGGUAUUCCCCUUCAAGCAGGAACCGGCAAAGAAUUAUUCCCCAGCUCUCUCCUAAAAUGACUAUUUGGGGUUUCAGCAGAGGAGAAAUGUUCCCAGCUAAACAGUGGCCUGGGAGUUUGGGAACACCUGGUGACAGGGAGGAAUACGCGGGCUCCUGUUUCAGGCAGGACCCCCAUGCUGGCCACACUCCCCAAGGGUCUCGGUCCGAACCCACUGCCCAACCCUUUCAGACCCUGACUGAGGUUUGUGGCAGCCUCCCCUGCCCCCAUUCCCCCCCCCGCCACUGGUUGUGGGAGCAUUGGCCGGUGAAGGUGCGGGGGUGGGUGGUGGUGAACCGAGAAGGUAUAAACCCAGAGGCUGUGUUGCAUUUGGGACUCUCUGCUUCCUGUUGCCAGUGGGGUGGGACUAUCUUGAGGUGACUCCCCCGUGUCUUUAUAUCGGCCAGUGAGGUGGGGGGGUGCGUGGAGUUCCUAUCCCAGUCCCAGUCCCAAACCCAAUCCUAAUCCCAGCCCCGAUCCCGACCCCAGUUCCGAUCCCGAUCCCAGAACCAAUUCCAGUCCCAAUCCCAAUGCCAAUCCCAAUGCCAAUCUCAAUCUCAAUCUCAAUCUCAAUCCCUAUCCCUAUCCCUAUCCCUAUCCCAAUUCCAAUCACAAUCCCAAUCCCAAUCCCAAUCCCAACCCCAACUCCAACAGCAAGAAUUUUGGGCCCAAAGGAAUGGGCUGUGAUUUGGGCUGGAGUGGGAAGGUGGUGGG